AUGAGUGAGUCCGAACAAAGCAGCGAUGAACAAGAACUACUAAUCAACACUAGACAACGUAGAUCAAAUGCUGGUAAUAGGCUACAGAAACUUCUCGAGCAAGAGAUAGAAGAAUUACAGACGAGGACUCAGGCACUAGAUGAAGAUGAAAUAGACUUAUUAUUCAAAGAAGAUGAAGAGGAUGCAGAUUUUGAAAUGGUCGAUGACGAAGACAAUGAAUCACAUAAUGAAGAAGAAAAUGAAAUAGAUAAUGCAGAUGGUAAAGAAGAAUCAGAAGUACCGACGGAAAGCAAAGAUAGUGAGUUGCAAGAUGAAGAUGUUAUGUUAAGUGAUUCUUCGUCAGAAGAUGAGCCGGAUAAUCAAGAUGAUGAAUCUGGUGAGAAAGAGUUAAUACGGCAAGAGAGAUUAAAGAAGAAAAAACUCCAGAAGUUGAGAAAAAAACCGCUCGUCAUCAAGCGAACUGCACCGAUCAUUGACUCUGAAAAUAAAACUAAGAAACGAAAGGUUAGUUCUGACGUAAUAAAUGCAGAAGAUUUGCUUUCAAAUAAUAGAAGAACUUCGUCAAGAUCAUCGGUUAUUCAAAAUAAAUUACAAGUGUAUGAAAAACUAUCACAAGCAGAAAAAAGAAGACAGAUAAUAAGGGAGCGUAUGCAGAAAUCGAGAGAUAAGGAGCAAAUUAAGGUCCUCACACAGGAAGACCGUAUGCGAAUUGCUUUGGAAACAGAACAGGCAAACUUACUGAGCUUGAAUAAAUACAAGGAACAAGAAGUUUCGAAAAAACAGCACAGAUUAGCGAUGCAGCAACGACAAAAAAUGAAAUUCAAACCAGGAGAAAUGAUAAUCACAGAGUUAUCAACAACGUGGGAGGUAACUCCAGUAAUGGAAAUAGAAGAUUAUGAGUAUUGGAAAGAGCAAAUUGAAAAGCGUAAUAAAAAAAAGAAAAAAUAUCCAAGAAAGCCGCGAAAAAAAAAUAAUGAAGGCGCAGAGUCACACAGAAAUGGAGGUGAUGUAUGCCAAAAAGAAGUUUCUGAUACUCAUAUUGAGAUAUCAAGGCCAAUUAUUUAUGAUAACGGUAACAUAUAUUUAAACCAAUCAUAUUUUAACAACAAAUGCAAUUAUCAAAAAGACAAUGCUACAGAUUUGGAUGGAAAUAAGCAUAUGUGCAUUCCAUUAGAGAAUAAUUCUGAACCUCGAUCGAUAUUGCCCGAUGAUUUAGAACAGAAUAGGCAAAAGGCUGACUAUAUCAGUAUUUUGGAUUCUGAAACAAAUAAUCUAUCAUCAGGCAUCAUUCCACAAGCUUCUUUUAUCGAAGUAAAUAAUCAGGAUUUGAGUGAGAAUUCCGAUAUAUUUACAGGCACGUCUAUAAAAAUGGAUGUUGAUUCACUGAAAGUUGAGGGAAAAAAUGGUUUAAAUAUCUCAGAGGAAAAUUCCUCUGUUGACGUCCCUGCCAAAAUGGGAGAACGUUGGAUUAAAAAUGGAAUUACUGUUCCCUCUGAUGGAGUUAAUAGUAGUGUAGACCUUAACAUUUCUAAAUUCGUGGCUGGUCCAACGAUCGAUGAAGAGAUUAAUAAAGUCACUACAGUGGCAAAUGAUGAUAACAAGGCUUCAACUCAUCAACGCAAUAUUAAGAUUGAAGAGUGUGGUGAAGAUAUGAGUUUAAAGCAUGCACAAAAUGAGGAUUUAGAUGUGACAGCUAGUAUCAAGAACAGUUCGGAUGCUAAAACUGAGAGAGGUGAAUUGAUUGAUCAGAGUUUGAAUAAUGAUGUACCGAAUGAAAAUAUUGCUGAUACUAUGGACAGUGAAGAACAAAAAAGAAUUUACGAGGGUCCGAAUCAAAUGGUAUCAAAGAACUUUGUUGUGGCAUAUACUGUGGUUCAUGAUACUCUGUCUAAACCAACUCAUGACUUGCUGUUUGGCUCAGGCUGGAAGGGACCUCCAAAUAAAAGCUACGACACGGAAACCUUAUUUGUCUCAAAAAAUAAUAAUGGGGCUGUUGAUGAUAUAACAUCAGAGAUAAAGCCAGAUUUAACAUUUCUUGAAAAAUACCCAGCGUUUGGAGAAUUCGAGAGAAAAGUUGUCCAAGAAGUCAGUGAGAAUACUGCCAAAGAUCUGGAGAUUAAUAUAAAAACAGCACCUCCUACUGGUAUAUUUUUGCCAAGUGGUAUGAGAAAGAAGUGUUUAAUCAACAACAAAGAUUGUCAUUAUUUUGAUCCUAAGAACGGUGUGCCUUAUUCUGAUGUAGAAGCGUACAAAAUUAUUCAAGAGCUCCAGUCAUUCGAUGUGAAUCCUGAGACUAAUCAUUUUUUCAAAUGGCAAGGUUUCGCUAAUGGUGGUAUUUUCCUUGAUGUGAAUGAGAAACCAGCAGAAGGUGUCCCAGACAAUUUUUAA